AUGUCUGAGUCAUUUAACAGUGUAAUUCUUGACUCUAGAGGAAAACCACUUGUGACAAUGCUUGAAGAGAUCAGAACUUACCUCAUGGAGAGAUGCGCAAAAAAUAGAAUGAGGUUCCAAGAUGUAUCUGGUAAUGAGAUUUUACCUAACAUUAGAAAGAAACUGGAAAUAGCUAGCAAUUUUACCAACAUGUGGCUUGUAAGCUAUUGUUAUUGUAGAAUGGCAUAUGAGCAUAUAUUUGAAGUGAGGCAUUUGGAAAACCCAGCUGAGACAUUCAGUGUGAAUCUGAAGGAUUUGCGUUGCUCAUGUAGAAGAUGGGAGCUAACAGGUCUCCCUUGUGUCCAUGCAAUGGCAUCCAUGAAGAGUAGGAAUUUUAAGGUUGAUGAUUACAUUCCUGACUACUAUAGGGUUUUUGCUUACAAGGCAGUAUACAAGCAUGUUCUCUACCCGGUGAAUGGGUCUAAUUUGUGGGUCAGGACUCCAUAUCCAGAUGUUCAGCCACCUAAGUAUAGGAAGAUGCCUGGUAGACCAAAGAAACAAAGAAAUCUUGAGCAAGGAGAGAUUGAUGGGAGUGACAAAAAGUUGAGAAGGACAGGUUUUAUUAUUAAGUGUUCUAGGUGCAAGAAGGUUGGCCAUAACAAGUUAACUUGCAAGGUGACACCACCAGCUCAGCCAAGUCAAGCAACAGUUAUUGAUGCAUCUCAGCCAAGUCAAGCAACAAUUACAAAUACAAGUCAUCCAAGUCAAGCAACAGUUACUAAUACAAGUCAGCCAACUAGUACCCAGGUGCCUGCAACUCAGUCCUCAGCAUCCACACAGGCUUACAUGAGUGCAACACAAUCUUCUAGAGAAAAGCAAGUGACAGGACAAUGUUCAAGGGGAAAUGCAGGUAACAAUAAAUCUUCAAAAGUGGAUGGGAAGUUACAAAAGCUUGGUGUACGAAGGCCAUUUGUAGCCCCAGGACCAACAACAAGAUUAUCUGCAGCAAAGAAUGUGAUUGGACCUACAACUAGAAGGACUACCCCAACAAAGAGGCUCCCAUCAAAGAAAAUUACCUAG